CAUCGCUGGUGUAAAAAAAUGAUAUUAAGAAUAUCAGUUUUAUAUUUACUAUGUGUUACUUUAUCAUUUAUAGAGAGUGCUCGAAUAUUGGGUGUAUUUCCUACACCAUCCAUCAGUCACCAAGUUGUUUUCCGUACCCUAACACAUGAAUUGGCACGGAGAGGUCACGAGGUUGUUGUUAUUACAACGGACCCUGUACAUCCAAAAGAAAAGGUUCCCGAAAAUUUAAUUGAAAUAGAUGUCCAUGAUUUGUCUUAUUCAAAAUGGAACAAGGUCGUGUCUGAAAUGGAAGAUGGUUCAAGAGAUGUCACCUCGCAAGUGAAAGCAAUGAUUCUUAUAGGCAUGGAAAUUUUCGAAGAUCAAAUGAAGACUGAAAGUGUACAAAAGUUGUUAUCAUAUAAAGAUGAUCAUUUUGACUUGAUUCUGGUCGAGGCCUUGGUAUCAUAUACUUUAGGAUUCUCGCAUAUUUUUAAGUCACCAGUUAUUUUAGUUAGUUCUUUUGCUGGAGUUUGGGAAAACUAUGAAUCUAUAGGAGCGCCAACACAUCCAAUUUUAUAUCCGAGUUCAGUAAGAGAUAGAUUAAACAAUAUAACAAUGUGGGAGAAAUUUGUUCAGUUAACAAAAGAGUACAAAAUGAAAAAUGAGAAUAAAAACUAUGAUAUCGCGAACAAGUUAAUCAAGAAAGUAUUUGGUGCGGACACUCCUCCAAUUCAGCAGUUGUUUGAUAAUGUAGCAAUGUUAUUUUUGAACGUGCAUCCUAUUUGGGAUAACAACCGACCUGUGCCUCCAGGUGUGAUCUACAUGGGUGGAUUACACCAGAAUCCAAUGAGAGAAUUACCUAAGGAUAUAAAAGAAUAUCUCGACUCAUCUAAAAACGGUGUUAUUUACUUUAGUUUGGGCACAAAUGUAAAACCGUCUUACGUGCCUCCAGAAAAGCUACAAGCUAUUGUAAAAGUAUUUUCACGACUGCCGUACGAUGUUCUUUGGAAAUGGGACAACGAUGAACUUCCAGGUCGAUCAAAUAAUAUAAAAAUAGCCAAAUGGUUGCCGCAAUCUGAUUUAUUAAGGCAUCCAAAAGUGAAAUUGUUCAUAACUCAAGGAGGUUUACAGUCAACGGAUGAAGCAAUCUCUGCUGGAGUGCCUUUGAUUGGUAUACCCUUGCUAGCGGACCAAUGGUACAAUGUGGAAAAAUAUGUGGAACAUAAAAUUGGAGUCAGGAUUGACAUAGAUACAGUGACAGAAGAAAUAUUCGAAACCGCAAUACAAACCGUUAUUAAAGACAAAAGCUAUCGUGAAAACAUAGUGCGACUGCGCAGUAUAAUGAGUGACCAGCCGCAAAGUCCGCUAGAGCGCGCUGUGUGGUGGACAGAGCACGUGUUACGUCACGGCGGCGCGCGUCACUUGAGGAGUCCGGCCGCUAACAUUUCGUGGUCUCAAUAUUUAGAAUUAGAACUAGUAUUUACUUUGGCUACUAUAUUAAUACUCACUCUUUUAGUUCUUGUAAUAUUUAUUAAGACGAUUUGUAGCUUUAUACAUUCAAGUGUAACUACAAAAAGUAAAAUGAAGAAGUAUUAGUUAAUACUUUUUGUUAAAUAAGCUAUAUCAAAUUUGAAAAAAAAAAUGUGAUGUCUGAAAGUUGAAAGAGAGUCAACUAACACGAAACAAUGACUAUGACAAAAUGGAAAAAUGUAAAAUGAAAAAAAAAUAAAAAACAUUUAAUGCAUCAUUUGCCUGUGUCAUGUCAAUAGUAUAUUCCAUACAAGUAACCCUACAAGGAUUAUAUGGCAGUUGGAACUUUGGUGAACUAACAAUAUUAUCUUUAAAACGCCAUAUUUUGACCAAUAAGAGAGCGGCAACUGACAGGAGAAUGUCGCAUUUCCAUAAUUUCUAAAUU